AUGCAAUUCUCCACACUCCUCACUCUCAUCACCUCCCUCGCAUUAACAAAUGCACUUCCCCUCUCUCCACCCCUCAACACUGAAUCCCUCACCUUCCAUGGUGCAGCAGGAGCUCAAUACACCUUAUCCGUUCCUCUCGAUGGUUCUGUUACAAGAACUUACAAUGCAUUAAGCAUUUCAUCUAUUUCAACCAGUGGAUUUGAUGUUAAGCAGAAUUGUAGAAUUCAUGCUGUCGAUUAUACACCUGCUCUUGUUGAAGGACCAGAUAAUACCUGGGUAAUAGGACCUCCCCAAACUAUCAUCGAUAUCUCCUGUACUAGUGGGGGAUCUACUCCUUCAGGAACCGUGAUCAAUAUUGAAUUAGACGGAGCAGCCGAUGCGAAAUAUUUCAUUAGUGUACCUCUUGGUGGUGGUCCAGUUUACACAAACAACCCCCUCUCUAUCUCCCAAGUCCGCUCUACAUAUCCCAACAUCCCCGCCUGUGCCUUCGAUACGGUAGAUAUCAAACCAGCUUUCGUACAAAUCGCCACUGGGGUGUGGAAUAUGGGUCCUCCUCAAACAGUCAGGAGUGUUUCUUGCUCUGCAUAG